AUGCUCUCGGAGUGCCCAUUUGAUCAGUGCCCAUUUGAUCAGUGCCCAUUUGAUCAGUGCCCAUUUGAUCAGUGCCCAUUUGAUCAGUGCCCAUUUGACCAGUGGCCAUUUGACCAGUGGCCAUUUGAUCAGUGCCCAUUUAAUCAGUGCCCAUUUGAUCAGUGCCCAUUUGAUCAGUGCCCAUUUGAUCAGUGCCCAUUUGAUCAGUGCCCAUUUGAUCAGUGCCCAUUUGAUCAGUGCCCAUUUGACCAGUGUCCAUUUGAUCAGUGCCCAUUUGAUCAGUGCCCAUUUGACCAGUGCCCAUUUGAUCAGUGCCCAUUUAAUCAGUGCCCAUUUGACCAGUGGCCAUUUGACCAGUGGCCAUUUGAUCAGUGCCCAUUUGAUCAGUGCCCAUUUGAUCAGUGCCCAUUUGAUCAGUGCCCAUUUGACCAAUGCCCAUUUGAUCAGUGGCCAUUUGAUUAG